AGUGGUGUCCACGUGUUUCAAAUACCUCGCUCCAACUUCGAUACCUUUCUCAUGAAGAGACAUCAGACGAUUUCACACAUAUCUCAUGAAGCGUUAAACAGUGUUAAAGUUAUUAGAAAACUAAUAAUUAAUCCCAUAGUAUUUUAUGUUGACGGUUUAAUUCUUUUAGAAGGAAUCAAUUAUGGCUCCUAAACUAAAAAUGUGGAUUCCUGUGAUUUUAGCAAUUUGUUGGUCGUUGUAUUUAAAUGAAUGGAGCAGAGAAAUUGUUUAUAAAUUAAUAGAAGGUGAUUUUUCGGGUGCCUAUUUACUAUAUGAAGGUGAAAAAGUUAAACAAAAAGAUACUAGGCUUAAUGAAGCAACAGAAAAAUUAUUUAGUCGUGAAGAAUUAGCAAAAUUUAACAAUAUAGAUGACGGUUUAUAUUUAUCGAUUUUGGGUCAAGUUUUUGACGUUUCUAAAGGUAAAGAGUAUUAUGAAAAAGGAUCCACGUAUCACGCCUUUACAGGUCGAGAUGCCUCUAUGGCAUUUUUAACCGGCGACUUUACUGAAGCCGGAUUGACUGAUGAUAUCUCGUCACUAAAAAAUUCUGAAGCCGCAUCUUUACAUAAUUGGUUAAAAACUUAUCACGAAAAGUAUAUUUAUAAAGGAAAGUUAAUCGGUAGGUUUUAUGAUGAAAACGGAAAACCAAAAAAAGACCUGCUUGUAUUUGAAGGCAAAGUAAAAGAAGCCCAAAAAGAACAAUCGGCUGAAGAAGUAUUGAAUAAGAAAUUUCCACCCUGUAAUGUUGAAUGGAGUAAAGAGCAAGGUACCAGAUAUUGGUGUUCAUCUUUGAGUGGCGGAAUUUCUAGAGAUUGGACAGGAGUUCCGAGACAAUUUUUAGAAAAUCCAUCAUCUCAACAAAGAAGAUGUGCUUGUGUUAAUUUAGAAAGUCUGGACUACUUACAUGGUAAAGCAAACUUUCGAGAAUAUGAAGACUGUGCAUCAGAUGCAACAACAUGUAUCGUAAAAAGUUAGUUAUUUUGAUAAUUUCAUCGUUAAACUGUUGUUAUAAAUUUUGUAUGCACACUUAAAUUUUCUACUUAAUCAUUGGUGAUGGAUUUAUUUUGUUGAUAAACAGAAUUAGAAUCUCAUUUGUAAAAAUUUGUAUAUUACAAUAAUUUAAUAAAGUACACAUUUUUGCGAUA